CCAUUGCAGAUUCAUCGGCUGAAAUCGAAUUUUUUCAAGCUCUCAUUUUCUUCGACAACAAGAGAACUACAGUUUGGUAGUAUAAAGAUCUUCAUCUGUUCUUCCUUUUUCUCUAUUCUCUCCGCUUGUAUUCUUUUCCUUCAUUUUCCGACUUAUCUUUCGCUUGAAAUCAUCGUUGUAUUUUUUUUAAAACCCUCACCGAUGGCGACCGCUAUGGUAGAAGAUUCUAGCUUUGAAGAAGACCAGCUGGCUUCCAUGACUACCGAGGAUAUCGUCCGAGCUUCCCGUCUUCUUGAUAACGAGAUUCGUAUUCUCAAGGAGGAGAUGCAAAGGACAAAUCUCGAGUUGGAUUCAUACAAGGAAAAGAUUAAGGAGAAUCAAGAGAAAAUUAAGCUUAACAAGCAGUUGCCUUACUUAGUCGGCAACAUUGUUGAGAUAUUGGAGAUGAACCCUGAAGAUGAGGCAGAGGAAGAUGGUGCCAACAUAGAUCUAGACUCACAAAGGAAGGGUAAAUGUGUUGUGCUGAAAACCUCUACUCGUCAGACCAUCUUUCUACCUGUGGUUGGACUUGUAGACCCUGAUAAAUUGAAACCUGGUGAUUUGGUUGGUGUCAACAAAGACAGCUACUUGAUAUUGGAUACUUUGCCAUCUGAGUACGACUCCAGAGUAAAGGCUAUGGAGGUUGAUGAGAAGCCAACUGAGGACUACAAUGAUAUUGGUGGCUUGGAGAAGCAGAUCCAAGAACUAGUUGAGGCCAUUGUGUUGCCCAUGACUCAUAAAGAAAGGUUUCAAAAGUUAGGCAUUCGUCCACCUAAGGUGCUCUUAUAUGGACCUCCUGGCACUGGAAAAACCUUGAUGGCCCGUGCUUGUGCAGCACAAACAAAUGCCACGUUGAAGCUAGCAGGCCCACAACUGGUUCAGAUGUUUAUUGGAGAUGGAGCAAAACUUGUCCGUGAUGCUUUUCAGCUUGCAAAAGAAAAGUCUCCAUGCAUCAUUUUUAUAGAUGAAAUUGAUGCAAUUGGCACGAAGCGUUUUGAUAGUGAGGUGAGUGGGGAUAGGGAGGUUCAGCGAACAAUGUUGGAACUGCUUAACCAGCUUGAUGGCUUUAGCAGUGAUGAACGCAUUAAGGUCAUAGCAGCAACUAACCGAGCUGAUAUCCUUGACCCUGCUCUGAUGCGUUCUGGUCGAUUGGAUCGUAAAAUUGAGUUCCCACAUCCCACUGAAGAAGCAAGAGCUCGAAUCCUUCAGAUCCACUCAAGGAAGAUGAACGUUCAUCCAGAUGUCAAUUUUGAAGAACUUGCUCGAUCUACAGAUGAUUUCAAUGGAGCACAGCUGAAAGCUGUUUGUGUGGAGGCAGGCAUGCUAGCUCUUCGCCGUGAUGCAACUGAGGUGAACCAUGAAGAUUUUAAUGAAGGCAUCAUUCAGGUGCAAGCUAAGAAGAAGGCAAGCCUAAAUUACUAUGCAUAAUGGGAGAGCAUUUCAGUGCAAGAAUGUGAAGGUGCUUGUGUUGAGAAUAGGUUGAUAUACAUAUUUGACUCUCUGCCCAAUUAUGUUGUGUUAGGUUUUACUUGGUUUGCACUUAAUUUUAUAUAAGAAAACUAUUUACAAA